AUGGCAAACUCUCUAAGUCUUUCAGGUGGCCAUUUGCCCGAACCCGAAUCUUCCUCCAGUCCUCGGCUUGUUCGACAACGGCCUGAUCAGCGAUCUGGUGAGGCCACUUUAUCUCAGUCUGAUCCAAUCCCUUCGACUUCCUCUCUUCCUAUCCAUCAUACUACUUUGCAAACCACCUCCAUUCAUGACGGCUUUAUCCUGGCGACUGGACAGACACAACUUCCUCUUUAUUACACCGUUCACCCACUGGCCAUUCAUCCGGGUUCCGGAGGCCAGGAGCAUGUUUAUCAAACGACAGCUUCUGAGACAUCGGCUUCUGUAGCGGCUUCCAUUUCAGGUCACGACCAGCAAACGGCGAAUUCUUGCGUAGCCUUGGGCGGUUGUACCAACUCUUUAUCUUAUGUUGGUAGCCUGCCUCUGGUGCAGCUUCACGCCUCGCCUCAACUUCAUCAGCAACAGCAACAUAGCCGCCUUUCCUUCCAGCCUAUGAACCACCAGCAGUCUCAACAACAUCAGCAGCAGGAACAACAACGCUCACUCGCUGUGCAGAUUUCUCAACAAUCCGGAAGCUCAAGUGUGAGCUCCAACUCUUUGAGUCCUCUUAAAGUGGCCAUUGUUUCUGCUACCACGACUCCUAUUUCAACUACAACAUCUGCAUCGAACUCUGGCACCUGGCCAGUCGUCUGCUUGCCCGAUUCGACAGAUAGUGUUGUUUACACGUUAGACCCCAGCACAGCUCUUGGGACGAGUUCCAGCGUAGACGGCCACUUUGACAGCUCACAUUCUCAGUCAACUGCAAGCCGCAGAGCUAUACAGCUGAGAAUGGAGAAUAUUUCAUCUUCUGUAGCUCCUAAAACUCCGUCCGUGUCUUUGGGUGCAAGCACCAUCACUAGCUCUUCCUCUACUCCUUCCUCUGUUGCUACCAGCGCCACUACUACUAUUACCCCUUCAUUUACGAAUUCCGACUGUUCAACAGUCAGUGAGCAUGUGGCUCGGACGAAGGCGCCUAACUGUUUCGAGCCGACUGCAGUCUCCUCUUCUUCAUCCUUCGACACCCCAGCUUACCAUCCAUGGCAGGUAAUGACAUCGGCGAUAGCUCAACAACAUCAACCACAGCCACAACAGCAGCUUCAUGAGACGGGCUUCCUUCAUGAAGUUGAAACCUCAGGUGGUAAGUAG